ACUCCUAUCCUAACGAGAGCCUCGUUCUCAGUGAAGUUUCUCGGAGAAAGAUAAACCGCUCCAGUUGAUUGAAACAUCAGCAAAUCUGGAUACAACUUAAAGAGAAGCUUCGUUCCUGACGUUACAUUUUUUGUUGGACACGCACGUACCUGUUUUACAAUGGGACUCUCGAUAUUGAUAUUUUUUUCAUUAUACAGCAUUCUCAGUGGACAACCCAUAGAGCAGAGGUCGUUGGAGGAGUGCUGUAAGGAUGGGCGUGAGCGGGGGUUGCAGAAACACGACUGUGCGUCCCUGCCUCUGUUCUCCGAGUCCACUGCCUGCAGGGUAGCCCAGGAGCAGUGCUGCACGAACGUCCUGGAGGACUCGUCCUGCUCCAGCGGCAUCAACACAGCCAAAGACCAGGGGGCCUGCGAGGUCCUGUUCUCCCACAGCCCCUGUGAGACCAAGACCGCCAAGAUGUGCUGUGACUGCUGCCUGCUGGGAAAGGCGGCCCAGGAGCAGGGCCUGAGCUGCGACCUCAGCCUGUCUGUGGGGUACCAGUGCAGCCUGGUGUACCGGGCCUGCUGUGAGGCCGGGUCGUCUACGAAAGAUAAAACCCCCACCAGUGAGACGAAUGGCCCUGUCCUGGUCGAUGGCUGCAAAGGGGGUGGGAACUGCGAGCAAACAUGUCAGGGCAACGGCACCUGCAGCUGCUUUGAAGGGUACCAACUCAAACCGGAUGGCCGCAGCUGUGCAGAUAUUAACGAGUGCCUGAUGGGCUCCCAUCGCUGUCGGCAGGGCGAGCGCUGCAUCAACACGGGCGGCUCGUACCGCUGCCAGCGCGAGAUCAGCUGCGGGACGGGCUACGAGCUGACCGACGACAACAAGUGCAAAGACAUCGACGAGUGCGAAACAAUCCACAACUGCGGGGCGCAGUUCGAGUGCCAGAACACGCCGGGGUCGUUCCGCUGCCGGCCGCUCGCCAAAUGCGGCAGCGGCUUCGUGCAGGACGCCCUGGGCAGCUGCAUCGAUAUCAACGAGUGCCUGAGCCAGACGGGACCGUGCCGGCCGGGCGAGACCUGCCACAACAGCGAGGGCUCCUACUCCUGCCAGCGCAACUCCCCCAGCUGCGGCCGCGGCUUCCACCUCGACGAGGCCGGCACGCGCUGCGUGGAUGUGAACGAGUGUGCGGGCCCCGGGGGCCCCUGCGAGGGGCACGGCUGCAUCAACCUGGUGGGCUCCUACCGCUGCGACUGCAGGGGCGGCUACGCCUUCAACAGCAUCGGCAGGGUCUGCGAAGACGUCAACGAGUGCAGGAGUUACCCUGGACGCCUCUGUGCGCACAAGUGUGACAACAUCCUGGGGUCCUACAAGUGCAGCUGCAUGCCCGGUUUCAAGCUGGCCAAUGACGGCAGGAACUGUGAUGAUCUGAACGAGUGUGAGAGCAGCCCCUGCAGCCAGGAGUGCGCCAACGUGUACGGCUCCUACCAGUGCUACUGUCGCCGCGGAUACCAGCUCAGCGACACGGACGGGAACAGCUGCGAAGAUAUCGAUGAGUGUGCCCUGCCGACCGGCGGUCACAUCUGUGCCUACCGCUGCCACAACGGCCCCGGAAGCUUCCACUGCACCUGCCCCUCGGGGUACACGCUGGCCCCCAACGGACGCAGCUGCCAGGACGUUGACGAGUGUGUGACGGGAGUGCACACCUGCGUGGAGACGGAGAGCUGCUUCAACGUGCAGGGGAGCUUCCGCUGCAUGACCUUCGACUGCCCCCCCGACUACCGCCGCUCGGGCGAGACCAGGCCCCAGAUCAGCCGGACGGACACCGUCCGCUGUGUCAAGUCCUGCCUGCCCCACAACAUCAGCUGCAUCCUGGAUCCGGUCCACUCCAUCUCCCACACCGUCAUCUCCCUGCCCACCUUCCGCGAGGAGAGGGUGCUCGAAGAGAUCGUGUUCCUGAGGGCCGUGCCUCCGUCUCCGGCCCUCACCCAGGAGACCGACAUCAUCUUCGAGAUCCUGGACGGGAACAUUCAGGGCGCCUUCGACAUCAUCAAGCGCACGGAGCACGGGAUGAUCGUGGGCGUGGUGCGGCAGGUGAAGCCCAUCACCGGGCCCAAGUCCACCGUCCUGAGGCUGGCCAUGAACUACAUGGUGUCCGGCGUCGUCUCGCACCGCAACAUCGUUAACGUCCACGUCAUCGUGUCCGAGUUCUGGUUCUGAAGAAAACACAUCCCCCCCACCCCCCACCCCCCCCCUUUAAUCCAUCCCACAACCCUCUACUGACCAACCCAAACACACCUACCCCCUUCACAAGCAGCAGGAGGGGGGUACCUGUUAAUGAAGAAUGUUUUCUAUUUAGGCACACUGAAGGUACACGCUACGUAAGGUUAGCCCCACUGCUUUGUCAUCUAGUGCCUAUUAGCGCCCGAUUAGUGAUGGGUUGAGUUAGCCCGUGCAGGACAAAAGAGUAUCUUUGUAAGGGUGUAAGGAGAUCACUUUUUUUGGCUGCAUUUGUUUUUUUGUUUUUUUUGCACUGCAUGGCUCUCCCACCCAUUAAUGUCAAGCUAAGUCUUGAGCACUUUGCCACUGCAGCGAAAGCCUUUUUCGGAGCGAACUCGGUGUAUAUACGAGUGUUUGAAAAAGGCAAACACAAGAACAAGUGUGUGAAGAAACAGGCUUCUGUGUCUCGAGGUCCAGAAUGUGAUGACUUGAUGUGAAUCCAAAAGAGAAGCAGAGGCACAAAAUGGCAGCAGAAAUAAGAGUGAAUAAACAGUUUGAUUGUGUGUAAUGUCUUCUGGCUGAGCCUCUGUGCGCAUACUUGCGUUCCUGUUUCAAAUGUAUCACAAUUUAUGCCUGAUGAUGUUAUUAAAUAAACUAUUUGACAUUUUUAA